AUGGCAUCAUCUUCAUGGAAAAAAUGGCCCGAUCAUGUGCUGGAUAAAAGGCGUGACGAUCUGAGGGAUAUAGAGUUUUGGCUGAAGGGAUACAUUCACAUGCCAGAGUAUGCUGACUUCAUGUUUCUAAUGCUUCUACCUUUUUCUCAUGGGUCCGUACAUUGGAAUGUUGGGGUAGGACCCAUGGCUUCAUUCAGACGUGCCAUUACAGCCAUGGCUUUGGAUAUAGUGUGUAAGCACUCUGCUCCCUUUGAUCACUUGGUAAAGGUGGAUCUGAGGCCCACGCCAACGGAAGACCAAGCCCAAGGAACAGGCUUGAUGAGCAUCAAGUACCAGUUGGCCGUAGCUGCGGCAAAGGAGCUGGACCUGCUUGUCCCAGAAUACAACCGGCUCAAAGAACAACAUGAAGAGGUACAGUACUACACCUAUGGGUCGCGGUAUGAUGGUGGUGCGUCUGAACGAUUGGAGCAAUACGUGCGGCAAGCAAUUGUUCCUCAGAUCAUCAAACAGUUGUUAACCAAGAGGUACUUGCUAGUGGUCGAGAACCUCCAGUGGCCAAUUGAGCCAGGCAAUUUAACAGCAGAUGUUGGGCUUCCUCCACCCUCGUGGGAAGCGUCUGCAUGGAUCUUCGAUGCCACUUCUCGUGAUGCCUAUUACAAGAGCAAGUCAGUGGGUGAUAGAUUAAUACCUUCAUAUGAAACACAUGGAGUGGUUGUGUUUCUCACUGCCUUUGCACUGCAUCAGUCGGCCGAGUACAUACUCAACAUGAUCUCUCAAGAAAGCAAGGAGUAUUGGCAUCGCAUAGCCCUCCAUUGCUUCCACUAUGCCAUGGUGAUGUUUGCUGGACAUUCACAAGUUGUGGCUGUUACCUCGGACGAGCUCAUCCACCAGUGGGCUGUCCAAGGCAUCUUGCCACAUAUGGCCCUCGAAAAAGAAGAAACCAGCACCAAGUGUUCCCAUAUGCAUCAAGUUGGAAAUCUCAUAAUUGAAGCAUUUCAGAAAUACUCUUUGUUGCAGCUACCUUUUUCUCCUGCUGAUGGAGCUUAUGACGCCACCAAUACCGGCGCACAAUUCUUAGCGUACCACGGCAUAGUUGCAGAAGGAAUCACAAUUGAAGAACUCUUUGAUAACAAGAAAAAAUGGAUUUCCUUCGUCGGAGACGACGGAUUGCAUGUAAGCCGAGAAUGGUUGAGCCUAGAGGAAACCAGGGGGCCGACUGCACUAAUUCUGAGAGGCUGCUCACAACAAUCGCUCGUACUUUCCAAGCUGGACUAUUUCUUGCCCAAAAUUUGUUUCCUCCGUGCUCUUGAUCUCUCCUACACUCCUAUAAAAUCUCUUCCUUCUUCCAUGUCUUGCUUACUAAGCCUUCGCCUGCUUUCCCUUAGAGGCUGUCAUGAUCUUAAAACUCUUUCCAGUUCAUCUACAGUAACCGUCACCAACUCAUCAACAAAUAUUAGUCCAUAUUCACCAUUGUCCACUCUAUACCAACUUCAAAUUCUUGACAUGAAUGGAGUUCCUUGUUCUCAGCUAACACAAGAUGUGGCCAAGCAAAAGAGCAAUUUGAUUCACCUCGACAUGUCCUAUUCAGAAAUAACUACUUUUCCUCCUACUUUUUUUGAGAACAUGUCAAAUCUUGAAGAACUUAUCAUGACCAGCUGUUCAAACCUUGUGGAGCUUCCUCCUUCCAUGGCUUCUCUAUCCAACCUAACGACCCUUGAGUUCACAGCGACUCUGAUAAAAUACUUUCCACACAAGAUAUUUGAAGAAAUGCAGAAGCUACAGUCGUUGAAGCUAAUCGAGAAAAAGGAAUUGAUUUCACUUACAGGGCCAAUCUCUGGUGACCACAGAACCAAAUUGGAAGGCCAUCCAAACAUUGUAUCCUUCAUGCUGAUCGGCACACCUCAUAUGAGGGGUUUGUCUUUGCGUGGAUGUAGAAAACUUGAGUCUGUCGAGAUCAAGGAUCUUGGUGAUUUGGAGGAGCUUGAUUUGUCUGGUACAAGUAUCAAGGAGCUCGGUGAUGAAAUCCCUAAUCUUCCCCAGCUUAGGAGAUUGCUCCUUGGGGGUGUUCCUUUUCUGAGGCGAUUUCCUUGGCAUAAGUUGGAGCGACUCCCUGAUGUGUUUUACAUGGAUCACUGUUCAGAAGGAAAUGUUAAUCACUCUAGUCAAGUUUCCAAAGUGUGUGUUACUGACCCAAGGUUCUUCCAUAGCUUUAAUGACACAGUUGUGGAUUUAAUAACAGAUGGACAGUUUUUCCAAUCAUUCUAUGUUCGAGUUGCACCAUGCACUACAAAUAGCAUGCAACUGCAAGAUGAAGAAGUCAUGCUACAUAACAAGUUGCAGCAGUUUGUUCAGAAGCAAGCAACAUAUACUGAUGUAUAUGACAAUUGUUAUGUAGAGAAAAUUGCAGUUCCGUCACCAAAAACAAUUCCCCUUCAUCGUACUGAGCGCCAUGUGGAGAUCAUAGGGACGCAAUUGGGAAUUGAUGGUUUAAGCUAUCUUCUAAGAGUCACCAAAUCAAUUUCGGUGGCAUGUGAUACUUCUAUCAAUUAUUUUGAUGACUCGGCCCAUUUUUACGAGCUAGAAGAAUGUGGGAUACGUUGGUGCCAUAAAAUGGAAAGUGUUUUCAAUGGAAGCACAGGCUUGGAAAAACUACGCAAUAUGCAUGUGUGUGAUCUCAAAAGUCUUGUUUGGCUCUGUUCACAGUAUAGUUCUUUUGCCUUCAGUUCACUAGAGCACCUGCACCUGGAGAACUGCCCUAGAUUGGAGCACGUGCUGCCACAAACAACAACACUGCCAUGCCUCAAGACACUUAACAUCCUGUUCUGCUACAAACUCAAGACAAUUAUCAUCAGCAAUUAUAUACAAGAGAAUACUUAUCAGCUCCCAAGCCUCCAAAGGAUACGUCUCCAGGAGUUGCCACAGCUCCAGCACUUCCAUGACAAGGACGCCACCAUCACAUCACCUGUGUGGAAGGAGCUCCACAUCCGAGGGUGCUGGAGCCUCCGACGCCUCCCACUCCUAGAAGGAUGCCAGCCGGAGACAGUGAAGGUGAACGGCGAGAGGAGCUGGUGGAGCAAGCUCCAGUGGGGCUCACCCCUGCACCACGACAGUUACGACCCCAAGCUGCCCCCGGAGUUCGCCUCAUUCGAUGAGUGCGCCGAGAUGAGCAGCUACCUCAGAUGA